AUGGAUGGUAGGAGAAGGUUUACCCACUGCGCGCGCCUACGCCACGAAGGCAUUGUUUCGGCAGCCCGGGAUCUCACCGUCGAGUCGAGGCUUCACCGCCAAAGCAAACAGAGACUGGUGUGA